AUGCGAUGUGCUCGCCAGAGACGAAAGCGCUCAUGGAUGGACUUGAGAAGCUUAUCGACGACGCCACGUCCGACUAUACGACGGCCGAAUCGUGGCCGACGAUCAUGGCCGUUGUCGACAAGCUCAAUUCACUCACGGACAACGAAGUAUGCAUUUCCAUUCACUUCCUUCAGAACGGUGACACCGUCAUGCGCAGUUGUGCUGUCCGCCCUACAUCUCACAGAGGCAAUCGUGAAGAACUGCGGAAAGUCGAUCCGUACUCGAAUCGCACAUCCCAAGUUUAUGAGCACGAUGGAGCUUCUGUACAAGGAACACCGCGGCAAAGUCGGGCAGUCGCAUUUGCUCAUCUGCGAACGGGUACUGGAGCUCAUACAGGGAUGGGGCGAAGCAUUUCUUCCGCAUCGCCGCGAGCUCCCAGGAUUUAGUGACACGUACCACAAAAUGUGCAAGGAAGGUGUGCCGUUCCCGGCGCAGUACGACGCUUCGCGUGCACCAGUGCUAUCGCCUCCCCGGAACGGCACGGGAGUUCCUGGUAUUCCCGGCACAGAGGUCCAUGUGCCGCCGGCAGCAAGGCCGUCCGAGCCGAAUUCGUUCCGUUCCCUUGGCCCCGACGAAACAUUCCAUGUCACGAACAACGUGUUGGAAAUGGUUGAGGACAUGCUUGCCGAAUCUGCCAAGUCGAAUCACGUCGAAGUACUUGAGAACGACAUCUUGCACGACCUCCAUGGCCAGCUCGUGCAACUACAACAGCACUUGCUCGUCGUGAUCGAGCGCGAGGCGUCGUCGGGCAGCGAGAACUUGGACAAGCUGCUCACGCUGAACGACGCCAUCCAAGCGGCACACAACAUGUUCGUCGCCGCCACGUCAUCGCAAGUCGCGAGCAGCCCUCGAAGAAAACACAAGCCCGAUCGCGACGAAGCUGAAGACAAUGCAGUCAUGUCGCCCAAGAAAGCGCCCCGUGGCGCGGACGUCAUGUCGAAAGCGAAUGUUCCAGACGACGAUCCGUUUGCAGCAUUUGCACAAGAGCGCGUGCGAAAACAACAGUCGGUCGUGUUGAAUACCGCCGAGUCGACGCAUCCCGUGCCGGUGGCCGCGGCGUCCGACGCUCCAGUUGCUGCUCCCGCUGUCGUUGUGCAAGAUCUCAUUUCGUGGGACGACCGAGAUGAGGUUGUGGCACGUGCUGCGUGUGGAGUCAUGGCGGGCCAUGCACCGCCUCCGCGGAAUCCAUUUGACGCGUUUGUCCUAGCAGUGCCGCCACCGCGCCGCACGACGUCUACGAAUCCAUUCGACUUGAUCUAA